GACGGAGGCCAGACGCCUCCAACAGCCACAGUAUCUCCCAACUCGAACAAUGCCACGGUACACGCGAUCAUGGUUGCCUUCACGCUUCUUCUUAUGUUCGUUAUUAUCGUAGGCGUUAUAAGGAAGCGAAACAAGAAGAAGAACCCCGACUUUCGAAUGCUCGACAAACAACGUCUGAGCGACAACGAUAUUGUGGAAGUCAGAGUACCCGAAUCCGUAUCCACCACAGCGAAAAGGUCUACGGAAUCGAGCAGAAAGCGUGGUGGAAACGCGGAUGGAAGCGGUUCCUCCAAGAAAGGCGUGUCUCAAGUUGGGAAAGGCGGUAACGGAGGAGGAGGAGGAGGCCUUGGCGGUGGGAUGGGUGACAUUAUAAUGGUAAAUAGCGACAAGGGUUCUUUCGGUUUACCGGAUUUAAUGAAGGCUGCAGCUGAGGUGCUUGGCAAUGGUAGUCUUGGAUCAGCUUACAAGGCCGUCAUGACCAAUGGUUUAUCCGUUGUAGUGAAGAGGAUUAGGGAUAUGAAUCAACUUGCACGUGAACCUUUCGAUGUCGAGAUGAGACGCUUUGGGAAACUCCGCCACCCUAACAUUCUUACCCCUUUAGCCUAUCACUACCGUCGCGAAGAGAAGCUUGUUGUCUCCGAAUACAUGCCUAAAAGCAGCUUGCUUUACGUUUUGCAUGGUGACCGGGGGAUAUACCAUUCGGAACUAACUUGGCCGACAAGGUUGAAGAUCAUUCAAGGAGUUGCGCACGGAAUGAAGUUCUUGCACGAGGAGUUUGCGUCUUACGAUCUCCCACACGGUAACCUCAAAUCAAGCAACGUUCUCCUCAGCGAGACCUACGAGCCUUUGAUCAGCGAUUACGCAUUCUUACCGCUUCUCCAGCCAACCAACGCAUCACAGGCGUUGUUCGCUUUCAAGACGCCCGAGUUUGCUCAGACCCAGCAGGUCUCUCAUAAAUCGGACGUCUACUGCCUCGGAAUUAUAAUUCUAGAGAUCUUGACAGGGAAGUUCCCUUCUCAGUACUUAAACAACGGUAAAGGCGGUACCGAUAUAGUUCAAUGGGUACAAUCUUCGGUCGCGGAGCAGAAGGAAGAAGAACUUAUCGAUCCGGAGAUAGUAAACAAUACUGAUUCGGUGCGACAGAUGGUGGAACUGUUGCGGGUUGGGGCUGCUUGUAUCGCAAGUAAUCCAGACGAGAGAUUAGACAUGAGGGAAGCUGUUAGAAGGAUAGAACAAGUAAACACUUGAUGAGAUGUUUAGACCGCAUGCAAUCAUGAUCGGAACGAACAAUCAAACUCUAAAAGGAAGAAAGAAAACCUUCGGAAUCUGUAUAUAUAUGUAUAUAUAUAUAAUAUACUAACCACGGAGCGAAGUGUUGAUGAAUUUGGGUUCGUAAAUAGGAUAAAAGGUUUUGUUUCUUCGGAGGGUUUCUAUUUUCCUUUUUG